AUGUCCAAGGAACUAGAGCAGGAGGCUCGCGAAUGGAUUGAGGAAACUCUACGUAUAACGUUGAAUGCAAACGAAGAGCUGUUAGAACAAUUACGGUCAGGAGUAUUGCUGUGUCAGAUCUGCAAGGAAGUAUUGGAGGGGAACAUUCGCUUUAAAGAUUCCAAGAUGCCUUUUGUGCAAAUGGAAAACAUUUCGACAUUUAUCAAUUUUGCUCAGCAAGUGGUUGGAGUGCCCUCGCAAGAUAUGUUUCAAACAGCGGACUUGUUUGAACGGCGAAACGAUGAACAAGUGUUGCGAGCGAUUCACUCGUUUUCUCGGUAUGCAGCGAAGAAAUUUCCCAACAAAGUACAUGGGCUAGGACCAAAGCUAGCAGAGAAAAAGCCUCGUACGUUUUCGCCGCAGCAGCAACGAGUUCUUCGAGAAGGAACCCAUAGUCUCCAGUAUGGUAGCUAUGACGGGCCUACUCAGGGAAGCGAAAAGAUUACAUUUUCUUCUAGGAGAGAUCCUACAGGGAACAUGUACUAA